UGUCGUUAGGUUUGUCCUUCCUCGUUCACCGUAGGCUACGUCAGAAGUAAAUAGUGACAGCUAACUGCUUGCUAGCUAGCUAGCUACCUGGUCGGACAACAUGGCUUUUACUUUGUACUCUCUAAUUCAAGCAGCAAUCCUAUGUGUCAACGCUGUUGCUGUGUUGCACGAAGAAAGAUUUCUGAGUAAAAUUGGCUGGGGAGUGGACCAAAGUGUUGGAGGUUUUGGCGAUGAACCAGGCAUCAAAGUGCAGCUCAUGACCCUUGUUCGCUCUGUGAGGACAGUGAUGAGAGUUCCGCUGAUUGCAGUGAAUUCGGUUUGCAUUGUGUUGCUGCUUCUGUUUGGAUGAAGAGGAGCGAGUGAGGAUGGGAGAAACCAGUCUGCUGGCAGGAGACCAUCUCCAUCACCUCAGGAACACUUCUGCAGAAACAUUUAAUCUACUUGACCUUCUAUAUGUCUCCUGUCAGCCUGAAUAUGAAUGUCAACAUUUCUUAUUCCACUUUUGUCAAGGCCUGUUUUACAGAACACAGUCAUUUAGAAUAAGCAAAUGCAGCUAUUUACAAGCUUAUCUUUCCUCUUCUAUUGAAAAGUACAAUACAUUGAUGAAUAGUUAUCACUGAUGAAGAAGAAUACAUGUUUUUACAUAAAAUAUGACCCUCACAAAGAA